AUGUGGUGCCAGCGUGCGACCCCAACAUCUUUCGGCCGCGAGGAAUUUCGCCCCAAAAGCAAGGGUGUGCUGACGCUCCCAUCAGCCGCCUUACCUGGGCACUUGCGCUUGAGCAGAUCGCUUGCGGUCCGCCUGCAGCGUGUGUUGGCUGAUGCUGUCGAUGUCUCGCCAAUUCAAAGGGCGGGGCAAGUGAAGCCGCUGCCCGCCCUUGCGGUCACGAUGCCGAAUGCUGUGAAAAGUUCCCCGCGCAAGGGGCUCGUGCUGUCGGGCUGGGAGAGGAAGGAGGUGCAAGUGUUGGAUGCCAUCCUGGAGCCUAGUGUGGGCCCAGAAAGACAGGUGGCAUUCGAGAUUGCAGAGAGGUGUGAUUGGGAGCAAAAGGCUCACACUUCGUGCAUGGACGAAGACUCCGAGGGCGAGCCUCUAGCAUCAGAGCCGUGCACGCAGAGUGUGAUUACUGGCGGAUCAGAUCCGCGUGCGCCCUCUCCAAAGGCAAUGGAUCUGCCUGGAGGGGCAGCAGCCAGAGAAGAGCCGCCUUUCCCGGAGCCACCAGUGCCCGGGGGGCACCUGUGUCCGUGUGCGCAGCCAUUGCCGCCAUCGCAGCCAUCGCAGCCAUCGCAGUCCAAAGAGGGAGCCAGCGAGGCGCCCUCGGAGGCAGCCCUGCUGGCAAUGCCCGAUGCCCCGGGAAGGAAAAAGCAUCACCGAGGAUCCCACAGAGCAAAGCACUCUCAAGAGGGGGCACACGAGCGCUUUCUAGCGACUCAGCCGACCAUGGUCCGCUACGUUUCCGAAGGCUCUUCGGAUUCGUCCGGCUCGGAGUCCAGUGAGGAGUUACCGCAAGUGCAGAGGUUGGAGACCAAGCGAAUGAUGGCUGAGGCCUUGCGAGCUGGGUCUGAGUCGCCUGAGUCGCCUGACCGGGCAGUGCGAGGGCGGGAGAUGAGGCCGCCGCGGCUUGUGCAGUGGCCGAAGAGACUGCACAACGCCGAAGCCCUUCCGCGUGCCACCCGCCUGUAUCGGGAACCCUCGCCGGUACCUACCCCCGCGGCCGUGCGCUUUGCAGCCAAGCGUGAGCGUAGGUUCCAGGCUGUGAAGCUUGUCCACUUCAGAGUGGAGGGCUGGGAUGAGUUCCCCCCUCCACCUUAUCCACCUUAUUCACCUUCUCCGUGGUGA